AUGGACGCCCAUAUUAUGGAUGGUAGUGAGAAAAAGAUAGUGCGCAAAGGGCCGCUGCCUGGAGGUCGCCAGGGCGCGUCUGGAGCUGGCGCUGGACGCGACAGCAUGCGAACCGCCAGCCGAGCGCGGGGUGUUGCAAGACCACCUAGCAGCCCCCCGCAUCCAUCAUCCCCACCAGAAGGCUUGGUGUCGGCUGGGUCUUCUCGGACUCAGCAAGCGGCACCCGCCGCUGGUGGAGCACGUCGCAUGCGUUGGCCUAAAUCAAUGAAUGAAAACGCACUGCGGGCGUAUUUUAGGGCAAUAGGGGAAGAAACUGGAUGUUUGGCAUAUCGGGCUCGGAUGCAUCGCUUUUUUGCAGAGCUGGAGCCAUCUCUAUCCGUCACUGAGCAAAACCUGGCAGACCGAGUUAGGUACAUCCUGCGCUCCAACAUAUUUGGUGACGCCGAACUCGAGCGACUACGACGUGAGGCUAUUCCUUCAUCGAAUGGAAAUGCUACGGCUGGGAAUGCGGCGCCACUAGAUGCGCAACAAACUGCAUAUAUGGAUGCUGCCGUCAACAUUCCAUUUGUGGCUAAUUCAGACGAUGAUGGAAUAGUCUCCCACGAACUAGAGAAAGUGAGGAGCAUAUUGGAAGAAUCGAUGCUGGAAACGCGCAGCAUGCCUCUCGAAAAUCGACCGCGACUUCCCCGCAUACCCCUUAGCAAGCAAAAUCGGGCUGUCGUGCGGGCUCUUAAACCAAUGCUGGUGACCUAUUUGGAAGCCAGCCGGGACCUUUGCGAGACGGAUUCAAUUCUUUUUGGCGCCGUACUGGCAGUAUGCCGUAUUAUUGGCGCCAAACUCCCGUGGCUGGACGUGCUACUCAAAAAAGUAGCGCCAUCCCAGCCUGGAGAAAAAGAAUUGAGGACCGUAUCGCAAAGGCAAGGGCCCUUAUCGGCAGACUGA